AUGACGCGCUGCUGCCGCCGCUAUUUAUUUGUGGUUUCCGUCCCUCUCGGCGCUUUGCACGCUUUUCUCUGGUGUCGGGGUAGGUGGGAGCGGAGGGAGACCGAGGGGCGGCCGGAGCGAGCUAAUCUGCUGCCAGCGGAGCCCCAGCUGCGGUCUGCGCUCCCCGGCGCGCGGCUGGGACCUCGGCGCCCGGGCGGCCCGCAGCCGCCCCUCCAGCUCCCUGCACCCUCCGCUGGGCUCCCGCCUCCCCGGCGGCACUUCGAGCCGCCCGGGCAAGGGCGGCGGGAGACAGACAGACAGAGCGACCUCCCCCUUCUCCCUCCGCCCCAACUCGGCUCGCGCGCACACAAAGGAAGGAGCAGAGACGCGGGAGCUCAGGGGCUGGUUCAGCUGCCGCGGGCUCGACAGCUCCUGCGACGGGGGCUGGAGCCGGAGUCUGAGGACUGCAGGGCGGGGUGGGGGCGUUGUACCGGAGAGCGGGACCCAGAGGUGCGGGGGAGGGGGGGCGGCCGCGGGGCGCGGGGCGGGAGCGGCUGCCGUGCUCUGCGCUGCUCAGAGGGUUUGAAGGCUGCGGGAGAGGGGAGUGGGAGAAAGGUGGUGGGGCUCGUUGCGCCCGGCCAGGAUAAGGAGCAGCGAGACAGCCGGGGCCUAGAGGGACUGGUUGGUGCCAGGUGGAAGGUGACUGUUUUGCUGCUCCUAUUGAUGCCCAGCCCUGGUGGUGAAGGGUUAUUUUGCUCCAUGUACAAACAUAACCAGACUUCCAAACCACAUAAGGGGGAUGUAGGACAGCCAUUGUUUCUUAUUCACUAUAUUGAAGCUGGGAACUCUGCAAAAGGAAAACACCUGAGCCUGGUUGCUCUUUUCCCGGGAUGGAACAGGAAGAGUUUCACUGGCUACCUCACUGUGAAUAAGACUUACAACAGUAACCUUUUCUUCUGGUUCUUCCCUGCUCAGGUAAAGACUUCAGAGGCUCCACUAGUUGUCUGGCUGCAGGGUGGGCCAGGAGGUCCAUCCAUGUUUGGACUCUUUAUGGAACAUGUUGUCACAAGAAAGUACACAUUGCAUGCCAGAGAUUUUCCCUGGAUUACUACAUUCUCAGUGCUUUACUUUGAUAAUUCAGUGGGCAGAGGCUUCAGUUUUACCAAUGACCCCCAGGGAUAUGCAGUCAAUGAGGAGGAUGUGGCACAAGAUUUAUACAGUGCACUAGUUCAGUUUUUCCAGUUGUUUCUUGAAUAUAAAGAAAAUGACUUUUAUGCCACUGGGGAGUCUUAUGCAGGAAAAUAUGUGCCAGCCAUUGCUCACUAUAUCCGCGUACUCAACCCCGUGAUGUCGAUGAAGAUCAGCCUAAAAGGAAUUGCUAUUGGAGAUGCGUAUUCUGAUCCUGAAUCACUCACAGAAGGCUAUGCAGCAUUCCUGUACCGGACUGGCUUGUUGGAUGAGAAGCAGUGAAAGUACUUCCAGAAGCAGGGCGAUGCGUGCGUGAAAUACAUCCAGGAGGAGAAGUGACUUCAAGCCUUUGAAGUACUGGAUAAACUACUAGAUGGUGACUUAAUAAACAACCCCUCUUACUUCCAGAAGGUUACAGGACGUACUAAUUACUAUAAUAUUUUACAGUGUGUGGAACCUGCAGACCAAAGUUACUAUGUGAAGUAUUUGUCCCUCCCACAAGUGAGACAAGCCACCCAUAUGGGAAACCGGACUUUUAAUGAUGGAUCCGAAGUUGAAAAGAACAUGCGGGAAGACACAGUAAAGUCAGUUAAGCCACGGUUAACUGAAAUUAUGAACACUUACAAGGUUCUGAUCUACAAUGGCCAACUGGACAUCAUCGUGGCAGCUCCCCUGACAGAGCACUCCUUGAUGGCUGUGAACUGGAAAGGAUCCCAGGAACAGAAGGCAAAAAGGAAAGUUUGGAAGAUCUUUAAAUCCAAUGAUGAUGUGGCUGGUUAUGUGUGGCAAGUGAAUAAUUUCUGUCAGGUAAUUAUUCAAGGUGGAGGACACAUUUUACCCUCUGACCAGCCUCUGAGAUCUUUUGACAUGAUUAAUUGAUUCAUUUUUGAGAGAGGAUGGGAUCCUUAUUGAUGGAUAAGCUACUUCCCUAAAAGAGAAUGUCAGGAGUUUUAGUCUUUGAAAAUUUUCAAAACAGGGAAUAUUAUAUUAAUUAGAAAUUUUCUUUUUAUAUGUGCUAAACAUCCCUCAUCAAUAAAAUUAUCCUUAAAACAAAUGAGGUUCUAUUUUGGGGGAGAGA